AUGUCUAGUGUUGCAAUCAGCUAUGAAUUGAGAACCAUCAAAUUGAAGGCAACUCCAGGUACUCCAGUUAGUGAGCUUCUUGAGAAAGCCGCUGCUCAUUUCAAAUUGGAUUCCGCCACCACUGGUUUAUUUCACAACAACUCAGAGUUAUCUACCUCACUACCUUUCAGACUUUUGAAUUUACCAAGCGGGGCGAAAUUGACAUUGAAGGCAACAAAGACCAAAAAAGCUUCAGAAAUCAAUAUCAAGGUUCAGUUCAUCAAUAGUACAUUUGAGAAGAAUGCCGUUGUCAAGAAGGUUGGUAAUCAACUUACUCUAGGACAAUUGGUUCAAGAGAUAGAAAAAGACAUUUUGAGUCCAAUCUUGAGCACUAGUAAGAACUUGAAAUUUCAAGGUAUGACUAAAGUUGUUACUCAAGAAGACUUUGGCAAUGUUACUUUGGCUCAAUUUGGUGCUGAAAACAAUGCUUCUAUAAGAUUGAUUUUUGAGGUGUCCAAUAAAGUCACAAAACCUGAAAAUAAGCCAACAGAUGAAGCUGCUUUUAUCCAUGAGAAGGCUAAAGAGCCAGAGAAAGAAAGAAAUGUUUCAAGCACUAUACUGGAAGAAAAACCAACGCAGGACGUACCUGAUAUAGAAUCACAAGAUAACACAGCUCAAGACAAACAGGAUACUCCUGUGGCUUUGAAACCAGAUGAUGAUGAUGUUAACGCUAUGGAAGUAGAUGAACCUCAACAACAAUCACAAAACAAAGGAGCAGCUACAGAAGAAAUUCAAAAGCAUCUUUAUGUUUAUAAAGCUCCAGAGAAGCCUAUUGAAACAUACGAGCCACAAGAAGAAGAUUAUGAUCUAACAGUCUCACAUGCUCGCCAAUAUCAAAGUAUUUUAUCACAACGUGCACAUGAAUCAUACAAAUCUAAGAGACUUCGUCAAGAAGCAAAUAAGAAGAAAAUCACAAACAUUGAGAUAAGAAUAAGGUUUCCAGAUGAGAGCAGUUUGCAGGUCAAUUUCACACCAUUGGAAACGAAUAAAGAUCUAUACAACCUGGUUGCCAGUACAUUAGUCGACACCUCAUCUUUCGUAUUAUCAAUUCCAUAUCCAUUGAAAGACAUAUCAAAUGAUGAAACUAAGUUAACUGAAAGUUUUGAAUCAAGAAAUCUGUUAUUGUUCAAAAGUGAUAAAACUUCUGGUCCUUUCUUAAAGGAUGAAUACCUGGACAAGGCAAAAGACUUGAAGGAGGCAGAAGAUGUGAAACUAGAUUUAGAAAGACAGCUUAUGAAAGAUGACAAUGAUGAAGAUAACAUUGACGACUCCAAAAUUCAAAACGGCCAAAUUCCUAAGAAAACAGAAUCUUCAUCCUUCAAAUCCAAAACACCUGCUUCCGAACAGAAAGAAGGUUCAAAAGUUCCAAAGUGGCUAAAGCUGGGGAAAAAAUAA